AUGGAAAUCAAAGAGGAGAGCAUCAAGCAAGAGCCGGAAGAUAAUGCAUCUCUGAUUGUAUGCCCGACAAAACCAUCAUCGGUCGAAGCCAGUGUCAAUGUUAAAUCGGAGAGCGAGAGCGAUAGCGAGUAUUUGCGCGAUGACGUGAAGGAGGAAAUGGAAUUUGAAGGGGAUUGUGUGAAGAAAGAAGGUAACUCCACGAAGGGAGCAGGUUCAAGUAAGGGUGCCAAUGAUGAUCAAGGUGAUGUUGGCUUGGAUAAUGUUAACGGUGAACAGCCCAAGCGUCGUGCAAAAGUCAAGGGACCAAGAAGAGCAAAGAAAAACAACAAGACCAAACCUCGGAAAAUGUCAACGGAACAGAUUAAGAAGUUGCAUCGUUGUACUUUUUGCAAUUAUCUCACACCAUAUGCAUCGAAUCUCAAAAGACAUAUUCGAACUCACACCGGCGAAAAACCAUUCGAAUGCGAAAUUUGCGGGAAGGCUUUUUCACAAAAGUUUGAUUUGAAUCGUCACAAAAUAAUCCAUGUUCCUGAAUUGCCAUUUGAUUGCUCGAAGUGUCGUCGUAGAUUUGCCGAAGAAGUUGAUAAAAUCAGUCAUGAAACCAAAUGCAAUGGUCGCCAGUUCAAGUGCUACUUGUGCAAAUUUACCACUCUGUAUUUGAAAGAUUUAAAACACCACAUGCGAAUCCACAGUGGUGAAAAACCAUUCGCAUGCCGUGUAUGUUCGAAGGCAUUUGUUAGGCUAAAUGAAUUGAAGUCCCAUUCACGCACUCACCGCCAACAACUUCCAUUCGACUGUUCAAAAUGUGGUCAACGAUUCGCUGCUGAAGACAAAAAACAAGUGCAUGAAAAUAAAUGCAAGCGUCGCCGAUUCGAAUGUCAUAUCUGUCAGAUAUACAAACGUUUCAAUAAAGGUCAUUUGAAACUGCACAUGCAAGUCCAUCACACUGGCGAAAAACCAUUUAAAUGCGGUAUUUGUGAAAAGAAGUUUUUCCAAAAGAUUGAACUGAAGAAACAUUUGGCAACACAUGCCAAACAGCGUCCAUUCUGUUGCGCCAAAUGUCAGCGGCCAUUUGAAGAAGAAGUUGAUAAGAAGGAACAUGAGAUAGGCUGCAACCGUCGCCAUUAUCAAUGUUAUGUGUGCAAAGUUUCAAUGCAAAAAUUGCCGCAAUUAGUAGGUCAUAUGGGAACUCAUCAUAUCGGUGAAAAACCAUUUUCAUGCAAUUUGUGUGGUGCACGUUUUACACUGAAAGGAAACGCCAAUCAGCACAUGAAGAAUAUUCAUAAUGGAAAGAAGUAA